UAUAUCUUCUCUACCUAUUAGGAGGGUAUCUGAUCACACUUUCCUUUGAGGCCCGUCCGAGUUUCCUCGACUCCUUACUGUUUGUCAUUGUCACCGUGACUACCAUUGGGUACGGCAAUGUGACUCCUGAUACAAAUGUAGCCAAGUGUCUGGUGGUUGCUUUUGUUUUACUGGGUACUGUAAUGAGUACUGUCUUUGGUAACCCAGUUGGAAAUUUGGUAAAUUCGGUAGGGGAUAAGUUGGAGAAGUGGUUUUUCCAGUCUAUCAAUACCACUAGUGACAAGACAAAACAGAUGUGGAAAUCCUUCUUCGCAAUAGUUUGGAUAUUGUUUGUCGUUGGCACUUGGCACUGGAAUUUUAGGGAUAUGGAUCUGGGAUGCAAAGGAGAUGAGUGACACAACGCAGCCGAAUCACAAUGGAGUUAAUGCAACCGAUUGUUCUGUGUUAAAUGCAACCGAUUUUUCUGUGGUAAAUGCAACCUAUUUUUCUGUGGUCUCUGCAUAUACUAUUGGAUAUGGAGAGUUCCAUUUCUCAGCCACUGCUGGGAAGUUGUUUGCCUCAGUGUGGCUUCCUUUAGGGACUGCAGUUGUUAGUAGUGCUACAUCUUACCUAUGUGGACACAGGCAUUGGAUUUGUGCGGUUUGCAUCUGGAACGGUAAGAAGACAAGGAUAGUUCCAGGGCAGGAAUUUGAUAAAGGUACUCUUGUCGAAGCUAACCCAACAUUGAGGAAGCAUUGCCUUGAACACACUAAUGUAGAAAAUUCCCCAAAGUUUCUAAGUGGCAUACUCUCGUCAAGAAUUUAUGAGUGCAAGUUUGCUCAAAGACAGGACCUAGAACCAGUCCAUACAUGUUCUCGUGAGUUCAGUUCAACCCCAGAAGAAGUACAGAUAUUACUCAAAAGAGAAGACUGCUGCUCGAAGGAACUUGGUUCAUCCUACAGAUGGAGAGGGACCUAUAACUUCAUGGCAAAUGCACUGAAUGAAAUGCAGAGGAGGGCAUUUAUAUGCACAGUUGGAAAACAUGCAGUGACAGUAGCAUGUGUAGCACAACUCUUGAAUUCAGAAGCCAGGGUUGCGAUCCCAGUUGAUUAUUUUUCUGCUGAACAGAAUGAUAGGGAGAAAAUUAAAGUUGUUUUAGAUAAAAAGCAAUGCUAUAAGGCUUUCAAAGGGACUUGCAUUCAAGAAUCCGAUGGUUAUGCCAAAAAGGUUGCUACAAAUCAAAACAUAAUCUAUGUACCUUCACGCGACCACACCGACAUUAUUACAGGGUAUGGAACCAUUGGGGUGGAGAUAAUCACUCAAAUGGUUGGAGAUGGAAAAAUUGAUAAUCUUCAUGCAAUUUUCGUUCCUGUCGGUGAUGGGAACCGUAUUGCUGGAAUUGCCGCAUACGUAAAGAGGGUUUUCCCAAAGGUAAAAGUUUUUGGUGUGGAGGAGCGCACUAGAAGUGUAAUGGCAUGGUCAUUCCAUAAAGGCAAGAGAGUUCUACUUGAGAAACAAAAUGGGGAAGUACUAGUAGAAGCCAUUGGUGAAGAAUGCUUCUCCAUUUGCGCUGAGUUUCUUGAUGGUAUAAUCAUUGUAGAUGAGCAUGUUAUAUCCACAGCAAACGAGUAUAUCAAGAGGGACACGAUAAAGAAAGUUAGUGCCCUAUGCAUUGCUGGGGUGCAAUAACUGUGCAAGAGGUUCGUCAGAAGACAAUUGUUGCCGUGAUCGAUGAGUAUGAAGACGUGCUGAGCUGAAAGGAAUGUUGAUGAUUAUGGAUAAUAUGAUUUGUAAUCAUGUAGAUUAAUUAGUUGACACUAGGUAGUAGUAUACUUGAGAUCCACGGUACCUUGGUUUAAGGAUAGUUGCAUUACUUGUCUGCAAUCCCAUUAGUUUGAGUACUCCAGAGAUU